GGCCGGACUCUGAUUGGAGGCGGGCAGGCGUGCCGCGGGCGGGUGCCCGAUGAGUUUCGGAACGGAUCGGGCGGAUGACGUGAGUCGCCUGGAGUCGCCCGUCGUCGUCUCUCUAAUGUCGGUGGUCCGCGGACGCCCGUGAUUAGCAUCUGACAACUGUCAAAUGGCAAUUGCACUUGUGCGCUUGUGAUCGACGUUCGCGCGGUUGAGAAAUGGCAGCGGAGAUAAAGCCCGCCCCGGGGGUGAACCACGAUAAAUUCAGCAGCAGCCGCAAGCCGGUCCUCCUCUCGAAAUUGGAGAGCUGCAGCGACGACGUUAACGCGGCUAUCAUCAUCCCGCGGGAAGAGGGUGUAAUCAGUGUUAGCGAUGACAGGACAGUCAGAGUAUGGCUGAAGCGGGACUCUGGCCAGUACUGGCCGAGUAUCUGCCAAUACAUGCCGGCGGGGACUACCUCUAUGCAUUAUUGCGUAGAAACGAGGCAACUGUUCAUAGGCCUGGAUAACGGAAGCAUUAACGAAUUUGUCUUGGAGCAAGAUUACAAUCGAAUGACAGCUAUGCGUGACUAUCUGGCACAUCAGGCGAGAGUCACGGGGAUUAUUUUCGCAGCGAACUUCGAAUGGGUCUUGAGUAUAGGCCGCGACAAGUUAUUUCAAUUGCACAGCUCCGAGACGGGACAGAAAUUGGGAUCGUACCAGACAGACGCGUGGUACACCGCUCUACAAUUCGACGCCCAGUCCAAGCACGCCUUCGUGGGCGACUACUCCGGUCAGAUAGCCAUGCUGAAGCUGGACAACAGCGGCGUUACCUUCAUCACGACGUUGAAGGCACACACGGGCAGUAUCCACGCGUUGGCAUGGGACACUGAAAAACAGUUGUUGUUCUCCGGCAGUUUCGAUCAGAGCAUCAUCGUCUGGGACAUCGGGGGUCGCCAGGGCACCGCUUACGAGCUUCAGGGUCACCAUAAUAAAGUGACGGCGUUGUGCUACGCGAGCGGCGAACGCCAGCUCUUGUCCGGAGGCGAGGAUGGCGUGAUCGUCUGUUGGAACAUGGUGGCGAAUAGGAAGGAGACCGCGGCCUGGGUCGAGUCCGACAUCUGCCAGGCUUGCGGGAGACCCUUUUUCUGGAAUAUAAAGGCCAUGAUGGAUCAACGACAAUUGGGAUUGAGGCAGCAUCACUGUCGCUAUUGCGGUCGCGCGUUGUGCGCGCGUUGCACGUCGCAACGGAUACCAAUACCAGCGAUGGGCUUCGAGUUCGAAGUGAGAGUCUGUGAUCAGUGUCACAUACAGCUCAAGUCGGAGAACCAAACAUCGCUGGCCUCUUUCCACGAUGCCAAGCACAGUGUCGUCGGGAUGGACCUGGACGCUCCUAGGCGAAGAUUGUUGACCAUCGGCCAAGAUCGCAUUAUUAAGAUUUGGGAUGUAUCCGCGCUCUUUCAGUGAAUCGCCCCGCGUAUGUAUGUCGAUAAUUCAAACUGAUGCGAAUCAAAUCACAGAGGUAUCGUCAUACUCGGAAAAAUACUCUAGAACCUAUUUUUGUGAUUAUGUAAUUAUGCCUGUCUGUGAGUUGGUGACUAGGUAAUCCGUGAGUUGGCCCGACGAACUAACGAGACACGGAGAUCGCGAGCGAUCGUUUGUCGGUGAUAACGCUAGAGCCUGCUUAAUCCAUAUCCAUAUUUUUUGCAUUAAAUGUCGGAAUAGCUGGAGAGGCGACGAGCACGUUAAUUCAGUGGCAUUGUCUUUAAAUCGUGUUGUAACGAUAAAACUACUUCCAGAGAAGCGUUCGUGCAUCUGCACAACGUGAUUACGCGAAAUAAUAGUAAAUGGAUAUAUGUAUUCGAGGUGCAUUGACUCUUUUCGGGCUCGAGAGACCAGGGUGACAACACUGGCAAUCACUACGCGACACAACGCAACGUAGGAUAUAAUUAAAAAAAGUAUCGAAGUAACUUUCGGGAGUGCAAUUGAAUUUCUUUUUACACACUUGCGUAUAAGUCGAAUAUGAUGUCGAGAUGGAAACCUCUUAAAUAUUCAAAAACUCUCGAUGCGAUCCCCGAGUUUUCUCGAAAUUUGCAAGAUUAGGUGCACACACGUUACACGUAGCAAAUUGAGGGGUCCACAUCUGAAUCGCCAUUUUGCAACUUUAUAUACUGCUAUUGAUCAUCCAUAGUAUACAUUUUGUUACUAAAACGUAGUACUCAGAGUCUCUUUAAAGUAUCCUUACUUUAAAUACAUUUCCGAAAAACGGUCAAGCGUUGACUUGACGGCAGUGGUACAAGCAUCGACUACUUUAACACGUUUUAUCUAAUAUAGAAGAUAUAGAAACAAGGGAAGAUAUUUUCAGAAGUUCCAAUUUCUUUUCUACAUUACUUCCUACAUUAUUAAACUAUUAGUAAUUUGAAUAUAUAUAUAUACCUUCAGCUAGACUAUCUCUCUGAAUCGACUCGGUGAAGUAGCGAUAUGUAUCUCGUACCAAGUCCUAGUCCUAUUUGUUAUAUAAUUCAUGCGGGAUUGUUUAAUAUUAUUAUUACAUUGUCUUACAAAAGAGCGCGAACCAGGCAAGAGAGUAUCCAUCGUAAUAAUAAUGCUGGUUAUUCUCUUGACUACAUGAGUCUUCUCAAGUACAAUAAAUAGGUACAAGCUAUGCAAAGCUGAUUUGUCCCAAACUUAACGAUCUCUUGUACAUUCUACAUCGUAUAUAUUUACUUUCUGGAAUGCGAAAGAAGAGCGCGAGAAAUAGAGGCAAUUGUCAUGUUUCCUAGGUAUUUUCGUAGUGUAUCUUGCUGGCUGAUGAAAGCUCGCAACGACGAAACGGUUGAGAGUGUUGGCGACGACGAGCUUUCAUCGGACUUUACGUGCUGAAGAGAUUCGUAGAUGGACAAGAUGUAGUAGAAUGUAGUAGAAAAACAAACCUGCUUUCACGUAAACGCCACGAAAAUGCAAAAUCGUUUUUGUUCGGCUCACCCUCGCGCGAGUAAAUGUAUAUACACCAAAAAAAUGCAUAUCUUGUACCUGAAUAUACGUACGUAAUAAUUAUUUCGUGGCGGUCACCGUCACCGUAAUCUCUUCGCGAUUUUGUGGGGGAGAAGAUCGCCGUGGGAGGAAUUAAUUCUUGUUAUCAAAAUGCGCCUGGAUUUAUCCGCGGGGUAAAUUCGGGCAUUUUGAAUAGCCAGACGUGCGAAUGUAAUUCGCGCGGUCCAUGUAAACUAUCCUUCAUUGAAUACGAGUGUACCGUACGUUUGUAAGCUCGAUUAGAGGACACUAGUAGCAAGUAUUAUCAGCAUUUUUGUAUGUUUUGCUAAAAAGUAUGUAUAUGUAUAUUACCUGAAUAAUACAUGGACGUGCUUCUUAUUAUAAACGUUACGCCGUUACACGUUACACGACCAAGCAGCUACAUUUGUGUCGGACGAAUCACUUGGAAAUUCGUACUUGUAAGGAAGCACAGGGACGAAUAAGUGUUGAAUCGUACGCUGCGACGGCUACCGUGACACAGUACGUAUAUAAAUUGCGAGAAAUGUAAAAAGAAGCGAUUAAGAGAGCCACGUGUACGUAUCCUACUCACACACGUCGAAUUGAUACAAAAUGGAAAUAUAUUUUCAAUGUAAAACA